CUCGAUUAUGUCAUUUAUACAUCCGUAUAAAUUUAAUCGGUAAUUUUAUUCCAGUAAAUUUUCCACGUGCGAAACGAUUCUUUUUUUUCUUCUUUUUCUAAAUUCAAUUACGUGAAAAUGUUUAUGUUUCCUGAGCCACCGCCUCUCGAUUAUUAUCUAACCGAUGUUUCGCCAACAUUGAAAUCUGAUGGAAUAUUUUACCAUGGAAAACCGUCCAUGUCCCAUAAAUGCGUGGCUAAGCACCUCAAGCCGAUCAAACGGACAAUACUCGACCCUCUAGCGCCUAUACAGGAAGUGAAUCCACGCGUUUUACAAGAAUGGGUUAACAAGGAUAAAAUGUACGUGGAUCAUCCUACGAAAGAUGAUGGUCUCGUUUUCAGAACGCUUUGUUUUCUGCCGAAAUCGGAGCUGAUUUAUCAUCGAAAGCAAAAACCUUUAUUCUCCGUGUUUCCCCGAUCGGUGCAAUAUGAAUUAUGGUACAUACGUGAAAAGCAAAUGAAAGAGCUUGAAAAACAGAAAGCACCCAUCAUACCAUGCAAUACUCAAAAAGAAGAAACGGUUAAGAAGGAUGAAGAACCGUGCAAUCUAUUAAAAGUGCCAUUUUGGUGGAAAGAUAAAACCGAAAAACCGAGCGGUAUUCCUCCUCCAGUUGGAAAUAUAAACGACUACGCGUACGAGAAGUUUGAUAAAAACCUUUUGCAAGACGUGAAAAUUAGCGAAAAACUCGAGAUAGAUCAUCCUAGCAAAUAUAUACCGGGUGCAAUUCAUCGAUUACAGGGUUCAGGCGACACAAGUAUGAUUGAUACCUUGCAUCAAGCAGAUACCUUUAAAGUCGUUCUGAAAGAGCCCGAAACCUUAGCAGAAAGCCCACCUGUUGAAGAAGACGUUUGCUAUUCUGAAAAACAUCAUAUACCAGUCGUAUCGGAUUAUGAUGAAGAUAAUGAUAAGGAUAUUCGAUGGUAUCCUAUACACGAAGAUUUAGAAUUACCAAAAACUGAACCUGAAAGGCAAGAGGAAUUACGAAAAUUAACCAAACCCUUUUUACACGAUCUGCAUACAUGGUAUUCAAAGAACAAACCAACGAAAUUAUUCACCCCUGUUAGACAAAUUGGAAAGAAAGCAAUGCCUGAAAGGCGCUUUUCUCAUUUGUAACAUUGUCCUUAGUAUAUUAUUAAGAUUAAAGAUAAAUAAAUUGUUUAUAAAUUAAUAAAGAUAAAUAAAAUUGAUAAAAAUAAAAUGAAAAUUAAUAAAAAAUA